AUGCCAACCCGCGAGGAGGCCGAGGCAAGCUCUUACUUACUCUUGCCGCUUGAGGAAGCUGACUUACGGUCUCAGUUCGAAUGGGAGCCCGUCCACGAACCUCCCCUGGACGACGCGCCGCCAUUAGAAGAAGGAAUGCACGACGCUCAACCCCUGCGCGUCAGCGUCGACUACAAGACCUUGGUCGAGCUUGCUGUGCGUCGCGGCAACUCAAUAGGGUACGGCGUUCCUGCCUUUGCCAGCGGCGAAGAAGACCUAGUUUCAGAAGCUUCGUUGUCUCCUCCGCCUUCCCCACUCACGCCGCUUUCUGAAGAAGAGGAGACGGGGUUUGACGCUGAGGUCUCAGCGGAGAAGAUUGCGGCGGCCAUUGAGGUCGUCGCGCAAGAGCGGUUGCGGCGCGGGGAGCGCGCGGGGGAGCCGAUUAGCUACGAGCAUCGACCGCGACAGGGCGGUCGCUCGCACGGCGCAGCAAAGAAGUCUGCAGCGCGCAAUAACGGGCAAACCCGGUCUCCCGGGGUUAAACGGUGCUCGCAAGCCGGCUCUAGGGCGCGUAAAAAAAGACGCAAGGAGGGGGAGAAGGCGCGCUUGGCCGACCGCCCUUACGACAAAGUCCACGAAGCCAGCUACUACCGCCACAAGUUCCCCACCUUCUUCGUGUCGCUGAAGUCGCUUCAGGUGGUGUACGAGACUGUGUCGUCGGGCUACACGGCGAAGCUACCUCACCUCAAGAUCCGCGGUCGCUUGUGGACGGACGAAGAUCUUCGGCGCGUCGGCUCGGUUCAUUUCCCUUGGGAUGGAAAGGUCUCGGUGGCGAUAAUAGAUUCGAGGCAUAUCUGCGUAGGCGUCUUAGUUGCGCCCCCGAAGGGCGAGUCGUUUCAGACCAGCGGCCGUGCGAUGGCUGAGCUCAUCGAGUCUCAACGCAUUCGGCGUCCGCGCGCUUGGACUCGCCCGCUUGGCAAGAAACGCGGCGAUUUCCCGUCUCUGUCGGUGGGAAUCAACUACAACUUCACCGAAGCGCGCCCCAAGAACCUGUCGUUGAACAAAGAGCAAGAGGCUGUGGCGAAGACACUUCUUGAGAGCCCUGAUGGGCGACGCAUUGCCGGACAUAUGAGCGAGUCCUUUGCUCAUUACUUCCCCUUCGCGUACGAGCAUGCCUGCGACCGCAUGCGGGAGCUGCACGCCUUGCUCCCCGAUCUGAAAUUCCCUUACCCGAACUGCGUCUACCCCACGGUGACGUUCAACGGAGGGCCUCAGACCGCUACCCAGGAACAUGCCGACGUCACCAAUAAUCCCGGCACGCCUUGCAUGGUCUUCGCCUGCGGCAACUACAUCAAGGAGCACGCACGCUUUAUUUUCCACGAUUUGGGCCUGCAUGUCGAUUUCCCGCCCAACUGCGGCGUCUUGCUCUCCUCCGCAUCUGUACGCCACAGCAACACGGCCUUGGCGGAGGGAGAAACCCGCUACAGCAUUGCCAUGUAUAUGCCAGGGGCGCUCGUUCGAUACGCGGCCUACAGCGGCAAUGUCGGCGAGGUCUCCGCCACGCAACGGGCCCGCCUCGACGAGCUAUAUAAGGAAACCUGGCGCCAUCAACAUUCCAGGCUGUCGGGCUUCUGGCGCCUCCCGCAGGAUCGUGAGAAGGUUCGAGCGAAUGAGCAGACGCGCGCCAGGGCGCAAAGGAACAUAUGA